AUUUGGGCCAUAAAAUAGCCCAAGCCUUGAACUAGCCCAUAACAUAAAGAGCCCAAAUCCGUCCAAGCCCAGAUAAUAAUGAUAUGACGGACAUGGCCUAGGAUAGGAACAAACAUCUAACGUAGCUGCCGUCGUCCCGACAUUAAAUAUUCGCUUAAUCCAUCCACCUGAAUCGAAUUGGCAUUCUAUAGCAGCUCGUGUAAUUCAACAGGGAAUCAUUUCACUCAUCAGGGAAAACGCUCGUUAGUGUACAAAUGGGGGAAAAGGGAAAACGCUCACACUCAUACAGAGAUGAUGACCGGAAGAAUCAGAAGAGAAGAACUGAUCACAGGGAAAGAGAAAGGGACCGAGAUGAAAAGGGCAAUGACGAGCUAAUUGUAUACAGAAUCCUUUGUCCCGAUACAGUUAUCGGCAGCGUAAUUGGUAAAAACGGGAAAGUAAUUAAUACAAUUCGGCAAGAUUCGAGGGCAAAGGUCAAAGUGGUGGACCCCUUUCCAGGUGCUAAAGAUCGAGUAAUCAUAAUUUAUUGCUACGUGAAGGAGAAGCUGGAUUUGGAGGUAGACGAUGAAUUCAAUGAUAGCAAGCCUCUUUGUCCGGCACAAGAUGCACUGCUCAAGGUACAAGCGGCGAUUGUGAAUGCUGUUUCUGUGCCUGGAGAUUCUGACAGGAGGAGGAGAGAGAAUGAUAGAGAGAGAGAGGAAUGCCAGCUUCUUGUUCCGUCUAGCCAGUCGGCUAAUCUUAUCGGUAAAUCUGGUGUGACCAUUAAGAAGCUGAGGAACAAGACUCGGGCAAAUAUCAAAGUUACUCCUAAGGAUGCUGGUGAUCCGGCUCAUUCGUGUGCCUUGGAGUUUGACAAUUUUCUUUUGAUAUCUGGUGAGUCCGAAUCAGUGAGGAAAGCACUUUUCGCCGUUUCCGCAAUAAUGUACAAGUUCACACCCAAGGAAAAAAUUCCUCUCGAGACUUCGAUUCCUGAGGUGGCGCCACCUGGCAUCAUUAUCCCGUCAGAUGUUCCUUUAUAUCCCGGUGCUGGAUUCUACCCGAGUGUAGAUCCUAUCAACAGUUCUAGAUCAUUGUCUUCCAUUUUAGGCCAUUCACUUGCACCAGAGAUUCCUGGAUAUGCUGAUCCUGGGAGCACAUGGCCACAAGUGUAUUCAUCUGCUCUUCCGGUGGUGUCUAAUUAUGGUGGUGGGUCUCAAUCGGAAGAGUUGACUGUGAAAGUGUUGUGCCCGUCUAAUAAGAUUGGCCGUGUUAUUGGCAAAGGAGGGGCUUCGAUUAAAAAUAUAAGGCAAGAAAGUGGUGCUAGAGUUGAGGUGGAUGAUCCUAAGUCCAAUCAGAAGGAGUGUUUGGUAAAUGUGAUAUCCAUGGAGUCUUUGGAUGAUUUAAAAUCCAUGGCAGUUGAAGCUGUCCUGUUAUUGCAAGAAAAGAUAAACGAUGAAGAUGAUGAUACUGUGACAAUGCGGCUCCUUGUUCCAUCUAAAGUCAUCGGUUGCAUCAUCGGUAAAAGUGGGUCUAUAAUCAAUGAAAUCCGGAAAAGAACUAAAGCCGACAUACGAAUUUCCAAAGGCGAGAGGCCUAGGUGUGCCGAUGAAGAUGACGAACUUGUCGAGGUUGUUGGACUUGUUGGCAGUGUAAGGGAUGCACUUAUCCAAAUUGUCUUGAGGCUUCGAGAUGAUGUCUUGAAGGACAAGGAGGAUUUUCGUGACCAUAAUUCAUCUGCUGGUGUUGAGACUUUAUAUCCGGGUGGCCCUUCUCUUCCUGUUUCUUCAGUUAUUCGUGGGUUUUCUUCGAGUGCUGCUGCAUUAGGAUACGAACCGAGGGCUGAUACUCGGAGUAGUUUGGAAUUGCUUCCCUCGAGUGGAUAUGGAUAUGGAUCCUUAUCAGUGGGAGACAGAGGUUAUGGACCAGUGUCUUCACAUUCCUCAUCACUGUAUACUGGAUUGCCUUCACUGUCUGCUCUUGAGAUGCCUAUCCCUGCACAUGCUGUUGGCAAAGUCAUGGGAAAAGGCGGCACAAACCUUGAGAAUAUCCGUAAGCUAUCUGGAGCUGCUAUCGAGAUUUCAGAUUCGAGGACCAACCGAGGUGAACGUGUGGCUUUUAUAUCUGGCACCUCUGACCAAAAACGUUCAGCCGAAAACUUGAUCCAGGCAUUCAUUAUGGCUACUUAAGUAACAAUUGAAACCAAGUUCAAUAUUUUCGGAGGGUCCUUAUCAGUUCUUGCAUCUCUCUUGCUCCUUAGGUUUUCCUGUCUCGAACAUUAAAAUACUGCUCAUCUGUGCACUCUCUCAUCUCAUCUGUAGGAACACACUCGUAUGAAGAUGCUUCCGGAAGUUUAUUAGCUUGUUCUUGUUUUUUCAAGAGAUAUUUGAUUCUGUUGCUGCAUGAUAAAUGCUCUAAAUUCAUCUGCAGCAUUCUGAAUCGUUCUUCCCUGUCCUUUGUGUGAUCGGAUUAAAUUCUCUUCUGCAAAUCUUAUGUCUGGUUUUGGUGUGCUCGUGAUUUGAUGAUAAGUUGGUUUAUUUUUCUGCUCCACUUAAGGUCUCUUCCUGAUGUGCCUUUCCCAGAGUAAUCAUAAUCUGCUUAUCUCCAAAUAUAGCAUUAAUCAGCAAUAAUCACCUUCCUGAUUGAAUGCUUUUGCCUGAUUAGUAUCUGAUUACGGAUCUCAAAUCAUUAGAACUUCAAUUCUGAAGGCUCUUUCAUUGGAUAUAAUGAUUUUCCUUAGUUUUUGCAAAUUAAUCUGACAUAUUGCCUUCUCUUAUUACUUAGUUUCUUUCCAAUCUCCCAAAUCUUUCUUGGAAUUUUUCGACUGUAUAAGAUUGAAAGGCCUGUAGAUUUUUAUGGUCUUAAUUAUCGUUACCAGUUUCUUAUAGUUUUCGUGUGUAGGUCUUAUCACUAUACUUAGAAGCGUGAAUUCUAGUUUUUAGGUGGUCAACCGGCCUAAAACUCUUAUAUAACGCAACUUUAAAGUCUUUUACAGUAUUCUUUCUUUUUCGUUUAAAGAAAGAACAAUUUUAUAGUCCUUGAUUAUGCUGUUGCUGUAUUUUCGAACAUAAGUAUGAUACAGAUUAACUAUUUUGUUCUAUAAUAUUAUUAGUUCGAUGCAUUCAUAUUUAAUUUUUAAUUUUCCUUAUCUCAUUCUUUCCAAAUUUAAAUCUGA